GUGGUGAUGCUGGCCUCCAUGUGGUGCAACGGCUCGGUGUUCGGCAUCCAGAACGCGUUCGGGGUCUUGUUCGUGUCGCUGCUGAAAGAGUUCGGCUCAGAGCACGACGACGACCUCCGCUUCAAAACAGGUCUGAAGUCAGUUUCUCAUUAUGGGGAACAGAGAGAGCAGAGAGAGAUCUUCAUCUGCAGAACCCAGCUGUGUGUCUAUGAAGAGUGACGGAUCCAUGAAUCCUCCAGUUCAUUUCAGUGAUGGAGCAGUGACCUCUGACCCCAGUAUCUCCAGGAGAAAGAAGAAUCAGAGAUCUUUAUCUCCUGAACCCAGCUGUGUGUCUCUGAAGAGUGAUGGAUCCAUGAAUCCUCCUGUUCAUUUCAGUGAUGACGCAGUGACCUCUGACCCCAGUGAUGGAACAGAGACCUCUGACCCCAGUUUCAGCAGAGUGGAUAGAGAUGAUCAGACUGGAGACCUGCAGCAGGAUUCUCCUCAACCAGUGAAUGAUGAACUACAGAGAGUCAAAGACCGACACAAAACCAGCAUGAAGAACAAGUAUGAGAGAUUAUUUGAGGGAAUGAAACUCCAAGAGAAUGAAACCCUCCUGAACAGGAUCUACACACAGCUCUACAUCAUAGAGGGAGAGAGUGAAGGAGUGAAUGAAGAACAUGAGGUUUUACAGAUGGAGAAAACAGCCAGAACACAACACUCACAAGACACUCCAAUCUACUGCAAUGACAUCUUUAAAGCCUCACCUGAACCAGGAUGUGAGGAGAAACACCAGAUCAAGACUGUUCUUACUAAAGGAAUAGCUGGAAUCGGAAAAAACGUUUCUGUGCAGAAGUUCAUUCUGGACUGGGCCGAGGGAAGAGCCAAUCAGGAUGUAGAUUUCAUGUUUGUGCUUCCAUUUCGAGAGCUGAACUUGAUACGAGAUCAUCAGUACAGUCUUCACAGACUUCUGCUGGACUUUCAUCCUGAACUUCAAGAUCUGAACUCAAAGAUUUAUGAGGAGUGUAAAGUUGUGUUCAUCUUUGAUGGUCUGGAUGAAAGCAGAAUGACACUGAUGUUUUCAGAUGAUCAGGAAGUUUCUGAUGUGACUGAGACUUCAUCAGAGGGUGUGUUGAUGUCAAAGAAAGUUUCUGAUGUGAACGAGACUUCAUCAGUGGAUCUGUUGAUGUCAAAGAAAGUUUCUGAUCUGAACGAGACUUCAUCAGAGGGUGUGUUGAUGUCAAAGAAAGUUUCUGAUGUGAACGAGACUUCAUCAGUGGAUCUGUUGAUGUCAAAGAAAGUUUCUGAUCUGAACGAGACUUCAUCAGAGGGUGUGUUGAUGUCAAAGAAAGUUUCUGAUGUGAACGAGACUUCAUCAGUGGAUCUGUUGAUGUCAAAGCUCAUGAAAGGAGAGCUGCUUCCCUCUGCUCUCAUCUGGAUCACCUCCAGACCAGCAGCAGCCAAUCAGAUCCCCUCCAAAUACAUCAACCGUCUGACAGAGAUUCAGGGAUUCAAUGAGCCUCAGAAGGAGGAAUAUUUCAGGAAGAGAAUCAGUGACGAGCAUCAAGCCAGCAGAAUCAUCUCACACAUCAGAAGAGCAAGAAGCCUCCACAUCAUGUGCCACAUACCCGUCUUCUGCUGGAUCUCAUCCACUGUGCUUCAGAAGCUCCUGAAAGAAGAUCUGAGUGCAGAAAUCCCUCAAACUCUGACUGAAAUGUACAUCCACUUCCUGCUGAUUCAGAUCAACAUGAGGAAUCAGAAGUAUGAAGAGAGAGAUCCAGAGAAACUCCUGCAGUCCAACAGAGAAGUGAUUGUGAAACUUGCUGAUGUGGCUUUCAGUCAGCUGAUGAAGGGCAAUGUGAUGUUCUAUGAGGAGGACCUGAGAGAGAGCGGCAUAGACGUCACUGACGCCUCAGUGUAUUCUGGGAUUUGCACUGAGAUCUUUAAGGAGGAAUCUGUGAUUCAUCAGAGGAAAGUCUACAGCUUCAUUCAUCUGAGCGUUCAGGAGUUUCUCGCUGCUUUCUAUUUUUUUUACUGCCAUUUAUUGAAGAAUAAGAAACCACUGCAAAAUACUCUGUAUAGGUUACUAACAUUAGUAGUAGAUAGCGCCCUCUGGAGGCCAAAUGGACAGCUGGAUCUGUUCCUGCGGUUCCUGCUGGGCAUCUCAUUGGAGUCCAAUCAGAGACUCUUACAGGAUCUACUGACACACACAGAUGAAAGCUCAGAGAACAUCAGGAAAACCAUAGAGUACAUUCAACAGAAGAUCAAAGAUGGACAUGAACUCUCAGCUGAUCAAUCCAUCAAUCUGUUCCUCUGUCUGCUGGAAGUGAAAGAUCAGACUCUGUCCAGAGAGAUUCAGGAGUUUAUGAAAUCAGACAAACACCCAGAGGAGAAAUUCUCUCUGUCUCACUGCUCAACAAUCGCCUACAUGCUUCAGAUAUCAGAAGAGCCGCUGGAUGAGCUGAACCCCAUGAAAUUCAACACAUCAGAUGAGGGGAGAAGAAGGCUGAUACCAGCUGUGAUCAACUGCAGAAAAGCUCUUCUUCCUCACUGUAAUCUCACUGUUCAUUGCUGCGAGAGUUUGUCAUCAGCUCUUCAGUCCUCAAACUGUGUCCUGAGAGAGCUGGACCUGAGUUACAAUGACCUGCAGGAUUCAGGAGUGAAGCUUGUUUCUGAUGGUCUGAAGAGUCCAAACUGUCAGCUGCAUAUACUGAGACUUGCUGGCUGUAAUCUCUCUGUUCAGUGUUAUGAGAGUUUGCCAUCAGUUCUUCACUUGUCAAACUGUGUCCUGAGAGAGCUGGACCUGAGUUACAAUGACCUGAAGGAUUCAGCAGUGAAGCUUCUUUCUGAUGCACUGAAGAGUCCAAACUGUCAGUUGCAGAUACUGAGACUUGCCGGCUGUAAUCGCUCUGUCCAGUGUUGUGAGAGUUUGUCAUCAGCUCUUCAAUUUUCAAACUGUGUCCUGAGAGAGCUGGACCUGAGUAACAAUGACUUGCAGGAUUCAGGGUUGAAGCUUCUUUCUGAUGUACUGAAGAGUCCAAACUGUCAGCUGCAGAUACUGAGGUUGUCUGGCUGUAUGGUGACAGAGGAAGGCUGUGGUUUUGUGUCUUCAGCUCUGAGUUCAAACCCCUCACACCUGAGAGAGCUGGAUCUGAGCUACAAUCACCCAGGAGAUUCAGGAGUCAAGCUGCUUUUGGGCAAACUGAAGGAUCCAAACUGCUCCCUGCAGAUACUCAAUGUGGAUCAUGGAGGAGAGAUCAGACUCACAGCAGGACCACGAAAGUAUGCCUGUGAUCUCACACUGGAUCCAAUCACAGCAAACACUCAACUCAUUCUGUCUGAGGAGAACAGGAAGGUGUCAGGUUUGGAAGAGCAUCAGUCGUGUCCUGAUCAUCCAGAGAGAUUUGAUGAAUGUCGUCAGAUUCUGUGUAGAGAGAGUCUGACUGGACGCUGUUACUGGGAGGCUGAAUGGAGCGGAUAUAGUGCUGAUAUAUCAGUGACAUAUCCAGGAAUCAGCAGGAAAGGAGGGAGUGAUGACUGUAUGUUUGGAUUAAAUGACAAAUCCUGGAGUCUGGACUGCUCUGAUAACAGAUUCACCGUCUGGCACAAUAAGAACAGGACUGAUAUACCUGUCGUCUGUUCAUCCUCUAAGAGAGCAGGAGUGUAUGUGGACGUGUCGGCCGGCACUCUGUCCUUCUACAGCGUCUCUGACACACACACACUCACACACUUACACACAUUCUACACCACAUUCACUGAACCCCUCUAUGCUGGAUUUAUGCUUUAUUAUAAUGAUUCUUCAGUGUCUCUGUGUCAGAUUAAAUAACACACACACACUUGUAAAUCCUCUUUCAUGUGUAGUUGUUUAUCUACAUCUAAUUGUUUUGAUAGUAAUUCAUUUUUUGAUUCAGAGCUAACCGUUCCACUGCUGGCGGGGCUUAAUAAUUACCCGUCUGAUGCUGCGAAAACCCUUCUGGUCAAUCGGUCAAGCUUGGUUUGGCAAAUACUGUCUCAUGCCCUUUACUUUUUAGGGUGUUAAUUUCAUAUAAUUUUCUGUUAAGCAGCCAAACCCAGGCCUCUUGUCCAUCUCAGUGAUAUCUAAGACAUUAUAUAUGUCUGAUUUAAUUCUCUAACAGUGUGAAUGCCAGUACUUUAUUUUAUUAACUGCUCUCAGAACUCAUUUUACUUGCAUUUGUCGAGUGUCAGUGUGAGUGUGCAGCACUUUAACAACACUAGAGCGCGCGCGAGUGACGCAGACUGAUGUGCUCCAGCUGCAGGAGUUACUGGAGUCUGUUCAACACAUUCAGUCUGUGAGUUCACAAACACACUCCUAUUGUUGUGCUGCAGUUGAUCAUCAGCUUGAUCUCUGUAUUCAACAGUGUUAAUAAAGCAUGUACAGGAGAGUCACUGCGGCCAGAUGCAGAUGUUGCAUUACUGCAGGUCCGUCAUGCACGUGUCAGUGCAGGACAGAUGUGCUUCAUCACAGCUUCUCCAGGAGGAGUCUGAUCGCUCUCGGGCGGUGGGUCUGUAGCCCCGCCUCCUGCAGCUCAUCUAUAUUUAUAGGUUAUUGCUACAAUAGUCAGUCAGCCAGUGUAACAGUCAUCUGCUUUCACACCGGACUCAAACGCAUCUCAGGCUGUCAGUGGAGAUCCAGACAGGAGCAGCAUGACUGAGACUCACUCCGAGCCGACUCAAGACGCCACGCCGACGGACGCGAUGAAUGCCGCGGACGCGCCGGAGGAGAAGCAGGAUCUGCUUUCACAUUAGCAGUUGAUUUGAACACUGCAGUCAGGAGUUUUGUCAGUCAUACGGGUCGUCACAGGACUGUCUCAAGGUGUCAUUAAAGGUUCGUGAUGCCGGGUGCAGAUUGCAUCAUCGGGUCCAGCCGUCCCUCAGUUGGUGUCUUAACAGGAAGAAUAUGGUGCGGAAACUCAUUAAUGUACACCUUCCAGCCAAUCAGAAUGCAGUAUUCAGACAGGUCAUGGUACAAGUAAACAUCCUCAAUGGCUCAAGCAGAUUUUUAGCUCCAGUCUUACAUACAGUAGUUGUUACUGGCCACUGAUUUAAUCCACUUAUGUCAAAUACAAACACAUUUCUAUGGAUGUAUUGCAUUUUUUCUUGCAGUGUAAAAAUGCUUUAAUUUGGAUAUUUUCAACUAUGAAUAUACUGCAUUAUAUUCAUGUGGUGUAACAUUGUUAACAUUCCCUCUUUACUGCUGUAUAUGAAUCUGCACAUGAUCCGUGUUCGUCACAAACACAUGCACACGGUCAGAGUGGAGCAGAUGCCAGUAAAGUCUUUACAUGCUGGUUUAUUGUGAUUAAAUAAAUCUGGACACGUUCAGACAGAUUUGAUCAGAUGUGUGACUGUAUUAGCUCUGAUCUGUGUACAGUACGAGUUCCAGAUGUUUCUCCUGUGAUAGUCAUGUGCUUCACCUCCAUCUCACCUGCAGCCCAAGAAGAAGAAGAACAUUUCCCAUGAUGCCUUCGGCACCAGGUUCGGCCGCUUACACAUGCAGAAGCAGGACCUGAACAAACUACAGACACGCAAGAUGAAGGGCCUGAGGAAGAGGAGAGGAGAGGAGCCGGCAGAGAGCGCAUCACCCAAAACACCCCGAACAGAGAGUGAUGUCUGACACUGACAGGACUGUGUUUGAUACGAGACUUUCUCUACAGACCAUGUUUGUGUAGCAUCAGUCUGCGUCAGACGGUCCAUCCUCCCGCACAAACACAAUCACAUGACCAGCUGCCGCUUCAACAGGAAAUAUAAUGGAAAUGUGAUGCAAUAAACAGAUUUCUCC